AUGGAACUUUCCUCAGAAUUAAUAACCGAAGCUACAACGGUAUUAGAGAAUCUGAGGGAAUUCAACUCAGAAAUUCGUAAUCCUGCUGAAAAAUGGAUUCUCGAAUUAAGAGAAUCAAAUCCUGAAUUAUAUAUGUUCCUUUUAAUGAAGAUUAUCUCCGAUUCCAAUAUAACUGGUGCCUCAAAGCCAUAUGCAGCUGUUUUACUAUAUGCAUUUUUUCGAAAACGCACUUCAGAUCAACAAAGAGAAUUUAAUACGUAUUGGAGUCAAAUAGAUAUCAACAUCCGCAACGAAUUUUUUCUCGGUACUAUGUCAUGCAUUAACAAUGGCAAUGAAGAGCUUCUAAUUCAAAGCGCAAACUUACUUGGCGCAUUUUUCGCAAUUGAAUAUCCUCUCGAAACAUUUGACGAGCAAAUACAUCAACUACUAGAACAGACAGACCUAUCAUAUCCACCGCAUGAACGUGCUGCAGCUUUUCAAGUAUUUUUAUGCUUUACUCGUUGUUGCACAGACUAUUCGCCAAACUGUGGCAAAGAUCAGAUCUUCCACCAGUUUUCUCCGAUACUUUUCCAGCGAAUUUUGGCUCAAAUGAACGAUCCAUCGGAUGAAAAUUUACAAUAUUUAGCUGCAUCGAUAUUUUCACAGAACUUAUCAUUCUUCUACAGAGUUAUGUCAUUCCCUGACGUUUUUAACUCAAUGAUUUCAACAAUUUUCGAUUUUAUUCGAUUAGAAAAUCCAAAACUUUACAGAGAGGGCUUCAGCAUACUCAUGAAAGCAAUAGAUUACUUCUAUCCGCUUCUCGAAGACUACAAAAAUGACAUAAUUGAACUUAUCGGACUAAAUCUCGACUCAGGGAACGAAGAACGCAUUGAUCAGGCCUGUUUAGUACUCCAGCUUAUCGGAGAAGUCGAAUUCGAUGUCUUAAUCGAUGAUAAAAGUCGAAUAAAAUUGAGACAUCGAGAUUUCGAUCAUUUCCUUGGAUUUUCAAUAUGCGUAUUCGAUAAUUUACUUACAGCUCUUGUCCAUUUAACUCUUUCCAUUGAUGAAAACGCAUCUCUUGAAUUUUCAACCGAAAUUUCUGCGUUUUUAUCACUCGCAGACCUUGCCUGCACAGUUGGCGAAGCCCAGAGAGAUACAAUUGUUGAGUUUGUCGACUCAAACAUCAAUUCUCCCGAAUGGAAUAUCAGAUUUGCCUCAGUUCUCAUGAUUUCCGUGGCUUUACGCAUUCCUUGCUUCAAGUCCAUACCUCAGAACAUACUCAGCACCCUCGGAAUCUACAUUACGAUGCUGGAUGAUCCAAUUCCCAUCGUAAAAGAAGCCGCAAUGUGGUGUCUCGGCCGCUGCAUUCAGAAAUUUUCAGAACUCGCUAUGAAUUCGGAGCGGUUUACCUUAGUUGUUCAGAAAUUAUCCGAAAUUGUAUCGGCAUACUCGAAAUUAUCGGGCAGAGCAUGCUGGCUUCUUAAGCAGUGCAUCAUGUCCAUUGCGGAUACCGCGGAUGUUUCAGUUUUGACCGAUAAUUUCGGAGUAUUAUCACAAUUUUUAUGCGAUGUAGCAGAUACACAAUCCACAGAAUCCUCAGACCAUGCCUAUGCAGUUUCCGAUCAUGCAUUUGCUGCUCUUACCCAGUUAAUUGCAUGCACACCCACUCCAUCCCCUGAUGAGUGCAUGAUUGUGCUCGACAGAGUUGUUUCUCAGCUCCAAAUCAACAUGCCUAGUGUUCAUCUCAAAGAUACACCAGUCCACACUGUCAGCAAGAUGAUAUGGAUCUGUUCUGUCGUUGAAAACAUUUUAUUUGUUCACAAAGAACUUGUUUCAACAAUAGAAGACAAAAUGAUGGAAAUGUUGUUGCAAAUCGUUCAAGCCAACGACAUUGAUUUAGUUCGAGAAUCACUACCAGCGAUGGGUGCAAUAGCUUGUUCAAUUGGUCCUUCUUUCAUGAAAUAUUUAGACCAAUUGUUGCCUAUUUUAUAUCCAUUGCUAAGUGGUCAGGUGAACCCAAAAUCCAUCCGACCAGCCGCUUUAUUACUUGGUGAUUUAUACAUCGCUGGUGUUACUUUACCCCCUGAAGUAAUCACAGAGUUCAUUGGCUUGUUGAUACAAAGAUUAAAAGCAGAAGAUGCAACACCAACAACGAAAUACUCCAUUAUUACUGUUAUUGGAAAUAUUUCAGGUUUAGUUGGUGAACUCGCUUUUAAUUGGCUGGAUGAAUUGUUACAAACAAUUGCAAAUGAACUAAAAAGUGUCAAAGAACAACAUGAUGAAGAAAGUGGAGAUAUGAUGUUGUUGUGCAAACUCCACAUCUCUGUUUUAAGUACUUACAAACAAUUACUUCCAAUUCUCUCAACAGAUAGAAAUGGUAUUAAAAAAGUGAAGUCAUUCUUCACAAUUUUUGAGAUAGUUUCUAGAUGGACGAAACGAGAUAACGAAGUUUUGUCUGCAGCUGUUGAUUUGAUCGCUGAAAUAGCAGUAACAAUUGGAAGACCUCUACACGUAAUUUUGAAUUCAAGUGUAGUUGUGAAGUUACUGGAAUUCGCAAUAAGUGAAGGAGAUACUGAACAGUUGCAACAAAAAGCAUCUGAAGUAUUACAGCAUAUAACGAAAUGUUAA